CGCAACUUGCAACCACUCACACACCAGCAGGUCUCUUCCCAGAAGGUUUACUGAUCAUUCCCCCACCAUGCUUCCAACAACAUGCCUUCGGCGGGCUAUACCGAUAGUCAAAACAAGAAACCCGGCAGGGCUUACAUCAGGACAAUACCUUGCCGGUACUCCAUCCUCUACGCGCUACAACUCCUCGACCAGUAACAAGAAAGUCAAAGACGUUAGUGGUGCCGACAAACGUUACCAACUUAUUCGGGAUAUCCUUUACUCGCGUGAAGUACCUACGACACAACCUAAACCCAUUCCGCCAGCGAGUGCUGCACUAUUUACUGCCCCUGUAGCUACCGACCCUGCUAACCCUCAGGCACUGAAAAGAGAUGCAAUCGAACGUGCAUGGGCGAUACUGAAGGAAAGAGAAGCGGUAGCAAAAGUGCAAGAAUUGAGGGGGAUGUAUGAAAGUAUGAGGAGCGCAAUGGAAGAGUUGGAAAGAACCGAUCGUAGACUCUUUGAGGCAGCCAAGGUUGCGGCUGACAGAGAGGAAGUGGUGGUUUUCCCUAGACGUCUGCGUGUCCCCACCGACACGCCACCAUUGGAAGGGUGGGAUUAUGAUAUGAAAACCGGGACUCGGUAAUUGAUUAUUUUAAUAAGUUAUAUUGCAUCUCGGCCUUCUUUGAGGGAGCACUAGGACGUGUUCAUAAAUUUUCCCGUUUGCUCCUGGCGAAGCCUCAGUUGCAUUAUUCAGUGAACCUCCUGUAAGUCCACACGGUGAACCUGCGUGGACUUACAGGGAGAGUGGGCGAACAGUGUUAGGAAUCAAGAAGGUUAUAUUUCGAUGAACAAUGUGCACACCCCACGUAUAUGUCCUACUUUUAGUACCCCAACUCAAUAGGCAGCUUCCCUGGCCAUUGCGAUCGCGGAAACAGGAACUACUGGCUUCCUACUACCCUUGGGAG